GUUCCAUGGUUCAUCGGUGAGGUGGAGGACAGUUGCAACGACCUGUGCCAGUUCAAGGGCUACCCAGGUUGCGACACAGAGAAGACAGCGGAGCUCGUCAACGAGCCGAACAUGUCGGAGGAUCGUUGGUUCGUGGGGGACUCACAAGACACUUGCAACGAUCUGUGCCAGUUCAAGGGCUACACGAGUUGCGAUGCCGAGAAGACUGCGGAGCUGAUCAGGCGGCCGAGAGUGUCACGGGUGAUGGACUUCUUGAACACCAGCUGCGCAUCUUUUGGCACCAGUCCGUUGAACAACCUCUUCCCGGCAUACACCGAUAACAAGAGGUGCUACUUCAUGUCAGGAACCCUUGAUUGCGACGCGGAUCGCGUGGGGUAUCGGCCCAUAUGCCAUUGCAGCAACACUACCUCAACGACGACACUGGCCCAUUGGUUCGUGGGUGAGGUGGAAGACAGUUGCAACGACCUGUGUCAGUUCAAGGGCUACACCGGCUGCGAUGCCGAGAAGACCGGAGGACUCGUGAG